GCUCCCUUUACACUGCUAAUAAAUUUUACAUUUUGACAUUUGUUGUCAUUUUGCCUCUUAGUUAUCAUCAGUUCGUUGUCAUUGUGUUUUUACCUGCUUUUCUUUCUAUUUAUUAUCCCAGUUACGUAUAAAUCAGUUCUUAUCAGAACUAAACAACUUAUUAUAUUGUUUAUCAUCCGUUUUUUCCAAUUUUCCAUUGGAUAUGGAUGAUGCUGUGCCGACCACGAGUAAGGCAGGCGCGGGAAUUACAUCGCCGUCGCCCCCAAGGAAACGAAAACAACUCAGUUUGGGGCAUUUGUCUCUGGCAGAAAAGCAAGCAAUAUUGAAUUUGUACAAGAAAAGCCUAGAUGAUGAACCUACUCUUAAAACUGUCCAACUUGUAUCCAAAAUAGCGAUGACAUUAGGUGUUGCAAAAUCAACAGUAUAUCGAGCCAUAAAACAGUAUAAAUCUACUGGAAGGGUGUCUACUUCCAAACACUGUGGUGGAAGACCUGGGAUUGUUACAUGUUUGGAUGAAGCAAUGAAGAAUUCCAUAAGGCGUAUAGUACACAGCUUUUUCUUUAAAAAUGAGAUCCCCACUUUGGACAAAAUAUUAACCGAAAUAAAAAGUCGUCAGGAUUUGCCACAGAUGUCCCGUUCAUCAUUAUACAAAUUUAUGAAACAAAUUAAUUUCAAAUACUUAAAACGAAGUCGUAAAAGUGUGUUGAUAGAACGUGAUGAUAUAGUGAGAUGGAGACUUGACUACUUGAUAUCAAUUAAAAAGUUUAGAUCUGAAGGUAGACCUAUUUAUUAUUUAGAUGAAACAUGGUUAAAUGAAGGUCAUACAAAAGAAAGGGUAUGGGUUGAUACUAAUAUUAAAAGCAAACGUGAGGCGUUCAAUGAAGGGCUGUCUACGGGAUUAAAAAAUCCGUCCGGUAAAGGAAAGCGUCUUAUUAUCUUACACGCUGGCUCAGAGGAAGGAUUCGUUGAAGACUCGUUAUUGGUUUUCGAAGGCAAAAAGAGUGGGGAUUAUCACGAGGAAAUGAAUGCAAAUGUAUUUGAAAAGUGGUUUUCUGAAUUUUUGAAAAAAAUACCAGAUAAUUCUGUUAUUGUAAUGGACAAUGCAUCAUACCAUAGUCGAAAAGUAGAAGCUAUUCCGACAACAUCAACAAGAAAAAUUGAUAUGAAGGCAUGGCUGCAAUAAAAAAAUAUCGAAUUUGAAGAAGGUAUGGUGAGAUCGCAAUUAUUAUAUUUAAUUCGCCAAAAUAAAGAUAAAUAUAAUUUGUAUAUAACUGACGAAAUGGCAAAAAAAGAAAAUAAAGUUGUGUUACGAUUACCGCCAUAUCAUUGUGAAUUAAACCCUAUAGAAUUGAUUUGGGCACAGGUGAAGAAUGAAGUGGCAAGCAAAAAUAAAACAUAUAAAUUGAAGGACGUAAGGGAACUACUAAUAGAGGCUCUUAAUAAUGUUACAAAUAUGAACUGGAAAAAAUGUGUAGAACAUGUGAUUAAGGAGGAAGAAAAAAUGG